GAAAAAUAACUACUCGUUGCUAUUCUCUUGAAACUACGCUUAUCUACACGAAACUUGGAGCCCACUAGUUGACUAUGUCUCCUAUUCCUCGGCAUGCUGUCAAGCUCACACAGAGAAUCCGAAAUCCUACUCUGCGUAAUCUCACCCUGAGCCUCAUCGAAGAGGCUACUCAGAAGCCUGACCUAGCCCACUUCACUAUCGCCAUCCUCAAGAAUCCAUCGCACACGAGCCAUACCGAUCUCACUCCGCAUGCUACAGCUUUGUUUGCAACGGAGGAACAAUUCAAAAAUAACAAGGCUCAAACAGCUCACAUAUACCACGAUGAACAGGGACAGUAUACUGGUCAUAUUCUAUAUCAGGAAAGAGGGAACAAGUCGUCGGAUGAAUGA